AUGUAUACUGAAUUUGUGCAAAUUGUUAACUACCAUAUUAAUCAGCUGAUCAAAUCGAAUCAGAACAGAAGGAGGCAAAGUCAAGCACAGAAGGUGCUUCUAAAUGCACGGAAAGCCUCCAGACCACUCACCAUGAAGGCCUCGGCAGUUAGCUCGGGUGAUUCCGGGUUCGAUGACUUCACCUACGUUGAUCAUGACAUGACAACUCCAAUUAUCAUUGCGAGGCCGUUCGAAACCUAUGGACAACGGAAGAAACCUUGGGCCUACCCAUGGGAUCAUCUCUUUGGUGAGCCGAGUACCUUGACGAAAAACGUGAACUUUGACAUCUGGUUUGGCUUGUCCAACUAUGCUAUCAACUGGCCAGCAGAGAAUCUUAUUGCGGACUUUAUUCUGCUUCUGGUGGCCUCUUGUCAGCUUAGCGUAUUCCGUCGUGAAGGCACCGACAAUGACAGUAUCUUUACCACUGACGAAUACGACUUGAAGCCGAACAAUCCUCGUUACGAUUUCAUUGCUAUCCAGAGGAGUUUUGUGGAUUUCAUAAAAAUUGGAGUUUUCCACUAUGGUCACUGGAUAACGCUGAUAAUGGUGCUGAUUGCUGGUAUAGGUGGAACGUCGCUGUUCGCCUUA